AUGUCCAAAGAUAUCGUAUCAUUUAACGAAACUAUUUCUCCAGAUCAUCCCGUCUAUAAACCAGAAAAGGGUAGAUACUGGCUGUACAUUGCUGCUGGAUGCCCAUACGCUAGUAGAGCUCUAAUUACGAGAGCUCUUAAGGGCCUAAACAAUGUCAUCGGAGUCUCUGUUGCUCAAUGGAUGUUAGGUGAUGAAGGUUGGAAGUUUUUGCAAGCAGAUCCUAAAGAAAUGGGUGAAAAUGCUUAUAAAGUUGAUGGUGGUGUUCAUGGAUUUAAAGAUGACACGUCAGGCCCAAUUGGUGAUCUUCCUGAUGAUUCCUCUAGGUUAUUCAUCGAUGGAUCCUUCGACCCAAAUUACGGUGUAAAGAGUGUAAAAGAACUUUAUAUGAUGAGUAAUAAAGAUUAUAAAGGAUCAUUUUCUGUACCAAUCCUAUGGGAUUUAAAGACCAAGACUAUUGUUAAUAAUGAUAGUGGUGAAAUCAUUAGGAUAUUGAAUUCUUCCUUCAAUGAAUUUAUUGAUCCAAAUGAUGCUGAGAAAAAUGUCGAUUUAGCACCAAAGGAUCUAAUUAAGGAAUUGGAUGAUUAUAAUCAAUGGUUAGGUCCAAAUAUCAAUUAUGGUGUUUAUAAAGUUGGUUUAGCAAAGAGUCAAUCUAUAUUUGAAGAAGAAACUAUAAAAUUAUACAAUUCGCUUGACAAAGUUGAAAAUAAAUUGAAAUUAAGAUACGAAAAAUUAUCAAAAGAAUACAAGCUUGAAGAUGAAAUUUUGAAAAAGUUUUUCUUAUUUGUCGAUCAUAUCACAGAUGCUGAUAUUAGAUUAUUUACUACUAUAAUUCGUUUCGAUUCUGUUUAUAGUUACCAUUUCACUUGUAAUUACAAAUUGAUAAGAACAGAUUAUCCGCUAAUCUUAAAAUGGUUAAAGAACUUAUAUUGGAAUCAUCCAAGUUUCAAAGAAACUACAAACUUUGAUCAUAUUAAACUAUUUUACACACGUUCAAGAAAGCUUCGUAAUACUUUGAGUUUAACUCCAUUAGGUCCAAAACAUGAUAUUCCAACAUUAUAA